GACCUUUAGACCUAACAUAGAAGAGAGAAAUUAAGAAAUAAAUUGAGACUUCUUGUGAACGUGUAAGUUGUAUUUCAGCAAGCUGGCUUUUUCCAUUCACAUAAGUACUUACACAAAGAGGGAGGUAAACAGGAACUCACUCGAUUUUUCAUUAGCGUGCGACUCAUUAAUCAUUUCAAAGUCUGAGUAUAUGAUAAAGUUUUUUAUGGAAUCAAUAGAGAUAUGAUCCCCGUCAAUGUCGUGAAGUAGCCUUCACAACAUUUCUUUUUUCCUAGCGACAACAAUGGAUAUGUGGAGCUCGCGCAUCCGAUUAUAUGUUCUUCUAUUAGUGAGUGGUGCCUAGUGCAUCUCAAGUCUGUGUACAGCACGCCAAGCAUUUAGUUUCGAAGAAAAGAUUUUUUGAAAAUGAUGCUUUUGAGCACUACCAACGCAACUUCGUGCUAUCGCAAAUAGCAAGAGACAAGCUGCAACUGGAUCUGGAACUACCUAAUAUAAGUAAUCCAUAGUUCCAUUUGAUUUUUUUUUUCGCGACUUGAAUUUUCACUGCACUUUUACCGUUACCUAGUAUAAAUUUCGUUCUUAUUCCCACAAAAAAAAACAAACAAACAGAUUUAAUGUUACGAUUUUACUUUUAGCUAAACUUAUCCGUAUUAAUAUUGUAUCUAUCGACAAGGACAAAUCACUUCUUCUCGUUUCAUAAAACAAACUUAAGCUUUUGCUUGAGAAUACUUAACAGCAUUUCGCGCAAUUACAAUGGCACGAAUUUUUGUGGCCUCAUAUUUGUAACCCUGAAGAGAGCACGCUUCCGGCUUUAAAUCGCACACUGCUGCGAGCAAGAACGGAAUUGCAGAUACUUUGAAAAUGUCCCGAAAUCAGGCACCUACCGCUCCGCACUCCAAGACGGGGCACCAUUUGCUGGGGAAUUUUCCGUUGGACUUCUUGCAAGGGCGGUGGUUCAAUGAUUACAGCCACCUGAUAACCGUGACGGAGAGCAAAGUUUGGACCGAUGGCAACACCAGCGCUUCAGACCUGCGGUUUCGAAAAAAUGACGGGGUGUGGCAAUGGGGAGACUGGGAGUUGUUCAACGUAAGUCCCCGGCCCCCGAGAAGCCUACACGAUGCCAUCCGCAAAAAAGCGAUGGACCGCGCCGGUACAGCGGCGGACGCCAUGCGCAAAAACUACUAUGCGGCAAAUAGUAACGCGGCUUUCGGAAAGAACGGCAACGGAUCCAAGAACCAGGCUUUAUCGUCCGGUGCCGCCACACCGAAGCGGAAGAUGAAGGUCAUGUGGCAUGUGCCCCCACCGUCGAAUCCCCGGAGCAGUCGAAUGGAGCUUUCGCCGGGCGGACAGACCCAGAUAAAAGAUAAGGAGAAGACCAAGCCCGAAAAGUAUCUGAUUGACGUGGACGUCCCGAAGGCAGAGGCGGAGCGGCUGAUGGACGAAGGGGGGCACAGCGAGAAGUGUCUGAAAGCCCAGCUGGUGGACGACAACCCCGCACUCAAGAGAGACAUCCAAAUCGUGAGGCGAGAUAACCCGGACACCAGCUUCAGCGACGAGGAGGAUGAGGAGGCGUCGGACGACGCUGAUGCGGAGCCACUGAUCAUCGGACCGGUACUCGCAGACUUCACACAGCUGAUGGACGCCAAGUCGGCCUGGCGACUCUCCCUGUACCGACCAGUGACGAUCCUGUGGAUGAAAAGCGGCCAGCCGGACAAGAUUGUUCGUUGGUCGAGCGCGGUGCCGAACGUGGCGACGCCACUGGUCCUGGAGGGGGGUCCCUUCAAGAAGUGGCGCCAGAUCCUCCACGAGGAGCGGGAGUACCACGGGAAAAAAGUGAAGGCGGAAUUGGUGACCAGCCAAUACGCCGACCCUGCAGCGCGCAUGCGCGCUAUCGAACGGGCCGAAGCGGAAAAGCGCCGCCAGGCGCAACUACGAGAAAAGGCAAAGGCGGACGCCAAACUGCGCCUCAAGCCCGAGUUCAAAGUCCGCGAGUCCCGUCCGCGCAAGGCCAAGCUCACCUCCUACGAGAACAUGAUGCUUGCGGCCGAGCUCUCCGGGGGCGACACCGCUUUUGUGCACGACCAUUUUGGGCGCGGAAGUGGCGGCGUCAGUGGAGGUGGUGGUGCAACAUCUAGUACGGCGAGCGCUGGGCGGGUACUACCUGGUGGAACAUCCGCAUCUAGGACCACGUUCCCGUGGCGAACCAAAGCUCCCCCAAACUUUCAAUGGAGAGUACCGGAGAACCCCUUUCUGCAGAGCUUCACCUGCAGCGACCCGUGCCAGUCGUUCUGGGAGCGCGAGCAGCGCAAGCUGAUGAAGUGCAAGUACGAGCAAAUCGAGCACUUUGCUGCGCAGCGGAAGGGCAGCCGCCACUCUCCCGACUUCCGACGGGCGUUGCAGCAGGCACAGCAGCGGUUUUUGAAAGAAAAGGUUAAGUUUCGGUCGGAAGAGGAAUUCUACCAGGCGCUCCGGCAAGAAGAGCAAAGAGACUUCCGCAUGUUUGCCGAAGAGUACAAGGUUCAGGUUGCAGCUGCCCCGGGAGGAUUUUCAUCUACAAGAACAGCUGCAGCCCCCUCGAGUAGCAGUGCUGUUAAGAACAAGAAUAAAAACUCCGGCAAGAUGGAUCAGAAGAGCGCGAAACCCCCGCCUACUGCAGCCACGGGGGCACGGGGAACAAAAAAACGAAAUAGAUCCGACUCAUCCGCCUCAUCGGAUGAAGAAGACAGCGAUGCUGAAGAUUCUUCGGCAGCUAUUGUUGCAAGUUCGUCUUGCUCAUCGAGCGAUGAGGAAUAUUCGGACCGUCGCGCACGCGGCCGCAAGAACGGAAACAAGAGGCGCAAAAUGUCUGCCACGAGCGGUCACAACAAGAAGGGACCCAAAGCCAAAACUGUUGUUGUUCAAGCGAAGGGCCAGAAGAAGUCUACGGCGAAGUCAAAAGCGAAUCCAAAUCUGGUGCGAUCCGGAGUUCAGAAGACAAUGAGAAACGAGAAAAAAAUUUCGUUUGCUGAUGAACAGGAAGACUCCGAGGAUCAGGAUGGCGAACCAGUCGCAUUUCGCCAGGCGGUGACGAGCAAAGGUACAGGAAGCAAACGGAAAAGAAGCAAAGAGAGUAGAAGAAAAAGCAGUAAAAGUUCGCGCAAAGGUAGUGCGGCGAGCGAAGACUCAGAUUCCUCGACUACAUCGUCCAAAACUACGACAUCGACCUCGCGGCACUCAAGAAAUAGCUCCAGCUCAUCCGACUCUGACGCUUCUUUUGAUGGACAUCUCUACUACGACUUUAUCUCUGGCGGACUGCAGUGCGCGCCCCCGACGGAUGGCACGCCCGUAGAUGUUUUCCAGCGCAUGCACGAGAAGUCUCGCGGGCUGCGGUUCUGGGUGGAUCGUGCGCCCAACCGGGUGAAGCUGCUUCUCGACCCCCGCUGGCCGAACAACAACUACGGUGCAGCUGAACAAAACCACCACCACUACUCUGGGGGCUUCUUUGGACAACAAGUAGAGGAUUAUGCAAAUGACAACGCAGAUCAUGCUGAAAAGCCGUUAAUUCUGCCCUUCGAUGCCAUUCGGCGCGACCGU